AUGGCCGCAGGCGCCCUCCUGCCGUGCCCGCGCCCGUGCCCGUGCCCGAUGUCCCAGCAGGACUUCCUCAAGGCCUCACACUUCUCGCUGGGGCCCGACAUGCAGCUGCACGAGGGUACCAUGCACACCACGUCGCACCGGGACUUCGCCUACCCGACUGCCACCCGGGAGCCGCCGAGCCUGCAACAGCCGCCCGCCCUGCUUUUCCCAACGGACCCGCGCUGGGACCGGGAAGAGCGUGUGUCGGAGGCGCGCCGCGCGUUCCCGCCGCCGUCGACGCCGCCGUGGGAGCUGCUGCAAGCGCAGGCGCGGGAACGCACUCUCGCCAUGCGGGCCAGCAACUUGCACCUGCACGAGGACGCGCACGCCGGGAUCGGCCUCUCCAACGCGCGCGCCGCCUACGGCUGGCCCGACCUGCCGGCGCGCGCCCGAGAGCGUAUCCGCGGCGCACGCCUCAUCUUCGACCGCGACUCCUUGCCGCCCGGCGACCGCGACAAGUUGCGCAUCCCGCCCACCACGCACCAGGCGCUCUUUCCACCCCACGACGCGCGCCCGCAGCCUCGUGCGCCCAGUCGCCACCUCGGAGGCCCCAACACCCUCAAGUGGGACUACACAAGACAAGAUGGGACUUCCUACCAAAGACAGUUCCAGGCCCUGCCAGGCCCACCUGCCUUGAUGUGUAAGAGGGCCUCCUCCAGAGUGGAGCUGGGAGACUGCAAGAUCAGCUAUGGAUCGAUGUGUUCGGAGCAGAAACAGGCCUACAAGCCCCAGGGUCUGCCUGAAGAUAGGUAUGACAAGGCCCAGGCCGCAGCCCACAUCCACUAUGUAAAUAUCCGUCCUGGUGACGGCCUCUUUCACAACAGAACCACCAAGGCCGAGCACUUCUAUGCCCGGGAGCCAGAACCUUUUGUUCUUCACCACGAUCAGACUCCAGAGUCGCACAUCCUGAAAGGAAAUUGGUGCCCCGGCCCCGGCAGUCUGGAAACCUUCAUGCAGUACUUCUACGGCCAGCCACCUCCCGCGACACAGCCACCCAGCCGCCACGUGCCUCACGAGAAACUGCAGAGUCACGUGAUCCUAGGGGAGCCAAAGCUACUCAAACGGUUCUUCAAGACCACCAUGGGCUCGGACUACUGCCCCUCAGAGUGGAGGCAGGUGCAGAAAGCGCCCAACCUCCACUUGCAGCAGAGCAACCUGCCGCAGGGGACCGGCGAAUUCGAUUUUUUAACCAUGAACCAGAAGAUGCUGAAGCCACACGGAACAGCUCCGGCCCUGGUGACUGAAGAGAUGCUACAGCGGUGCAAGUACAGUCACAUGGAGCCCCCCCUGGGUGGACUGCGCUUCUUCUCAACCCAAUACAAGGACGAAUUUCCUUUCAAGUAUCAGGGUCCAGCAGCCCUGAGACUGAAAAAUCCUCAGGAGGGCUUCGUGCCCCUGGGCACGCCUCACCAGCACGGCUGCAGGGAGAAGACAGACCCUCGGGCUCCCCAGCCCCCUAUGUACCCGUGCCCCAGCCAGUAA